AUGUCCGGUUUUGGGCAUUCGAAUGAUAUAUUAGGCCUAGAUCUAAGCAAAGACGCGACCUUAGCUUCACCCCCAGGAGACACAAUUUCAUCUUUGUCAUGGUCGUCAAAAGCAGACUAUCUUGGGGUAGGCUCAUGGGAUCACAAGGUGAGGAUAUACGAUAUGACGUCGGUAGCAACAGGCGAAGGGCGAGCGAUGAUCGAUUUUGAUGGUCCUGUAUUAAGCUGUGACUGGUCAGUGGACGGAUCAAAGAUUGCUGGCGCAGGUGCGGAUAAAACAGCCAGACUUCUGGAUCUUGGUAUGACAGGAGCACCAGCUCAACAAGUCGCUGCCCAUGAAAUGCCAAUCAAAAGCGUGAGAUUCUUUGAGGCUCCAAAUAGCAAUGCUCCUAUGAUAGUCACUGGGUCCUGGGACAGAACCAUCAAGUAUUGGGACUUGAGAACGGCUGCGGCGGUUGCAACUGUUGACUGCAAGGAAAGAGUAUACUCAAUGGACGUCAACAAAGAUGUACUUGUUGUCGGCACUGCCUCACAAGAUCUUCAUAUCAUCGACCUCAAAAAUCCUGGAUUCAUAGCAGAAACCCGGGACUCUCCUCUCAAGUACCAAACUAGAGUGGUAGCCUGUUCGCGCGACGCCAAAGCAUUUGUGGUCGGAGGUAUCGAUGGCAGGGUAACCUAUCAGGCGGUUUCACCCUCGGAGGCGUCCAAAUGCUUCUCAUUCAGAUGUCACCGACGCGAGGAUGCGAAAACAUACAGGUCUACUACUAAUGUCUACGCCGUAAACGACGUCUCCCCUCACCCGAUCCAUGAGGCGGUUUUCGCUACAGCAGGCUCGGAUGGAAUGUUUAACAUAUGGGAUAUGGCGUCCAAAAGCCGUCUGAAAGCUAGCCCCUCGGUUGGAGGCCCGAUUACAGCAACAGCUUUCAACAGCAAUGGGUCGAGAUGGGCUUAUGCCGUAGGUUACGAUUGGAGUAAGGGAUACGCUUUCAAUCGAGAUGUGGAGAAUAAGGUGUUGGUGCAUCAUUUUGCGCCGGAUGUGAUCAAACCAAAGGUUCCAAAAAAAUGA